AUGGCUGGCAGCCGGCGAGGUCGAGGCCGGCGAGCUGCACGGGUCGUUGGUCGAGACCAGCUUCCGCCUUGCAGCCCUGUGCAUACCUUCGACACGCUCACACCUGACCACGCCUUUCUAGCUCCUCUGGAGUCCCGCCUUUGCAGACUUGGCGAAUCGUUGCAGCAAAUGAGACAUGAAUUUCUUGACUUGAUCAAGCUCGUUACCGCAGCUAAAUGCAGCAAACCAUCUCGCCGAAGCGACCUGCGUCCAAGCUCUGUCCCAUUGGGAUCUUCUUCCCACCACGGCGCUCCAAAUACUGGCGGCCCACAGCUUUCGACUACACUUCACGCUAUUGAGAGAGCGCCUCCACUUGAAGCACUUAAAAAUGCGUUUGAGCGAGAUGUGGCAGAGGUCUUGCCCUCGUCAGACUCCCAGAAAAUAUCGACGAAUGAAUCUCGACAUUCCCUCAAAAGACCCCUAGAGACAUCAGCUGACGAUGGUCCAUCCGGCAUGAUGAAAACGUUCUGCAUCGGCCCGGAAAGUUUGUUAGAAAUCCAAGCUAGGAAAAAGGAACAGUACUCAAAAGAAAAGCAACAAGAAGUUCAAGCUAUGAGGGCACGUGGAGCUUGCAACGAUUGUCGACAAAACAAGCGCAGGACCACCCUCCUCCAGAUAGUUCUUCAAAGGCGCAACGGCAGUCUUCGCGUGUGGGGCACUCAUACCGCAAUAUUCUGUCCCCGCUCCACACCUGAAUUUCCUCCGCUCUUUUCUGGUCCCGAGUUCCGAAGGUCUUCAUUACCCUCGCUGGCAAGUGAGCCAGCCACUGAUCGACCAACGAUGACGAUGUACCGCAAGAUACAUGGAGAACCGAAGAGACUGUCGAUAGAUCAUCACCAGAGCUUUGGUCAACCCCCGUCUUAUGUUGGCAUUGACAUGGAUACUGAACCUGUUCCGGGAGCUGGAUACCCCCAGGUACCCGACCACAAUUUGCUGGGUUCGGAUGACGUCCUGGGGUUCCUCGGUGAUCCUUUCACCCCAUAUAUCCCAGGAAUUGACUGGAACCACACUUUUGCACCGUAA